GCGGGCGGCACCGCCCGGGACCGGCCCGCUGGGAGGGCUCCGGCUUCCCCGGCGGCGGCGGCCAUGGCUGGCGGGGACUGAGGGCGGGUGCUGCUCGGCUGAAGCCCGGCGCGGAGUCAGGUGGAUCUAGGCAGACCCCAGGAAUCAGGUAAUCUUGGCCAGGACUCGGAAGCAAUGUCGCAACAACUACUCUACCGUGCUCUGGUGUCUGCAAAAUGGCUUUCAGAAGCCAUCAAGUCCCAGCAAGCUGGUCUGGCCUUGAGAAUUGUGGAUGCAUCUUGGUAUUUGCCAAAGAUGAAGCGUGACCCGAAGCGCGAAUUUGAGGAGCGCCAUAUCCCUGGUGCAGUUUUCUUCGACAUUGACCAGUGCAGCGACCGUACUUCACCUUACGAUCACAUGCUGCCCAAGGCUGAUGACUUUGCUGAGUAUGUGGGGAAGCUGGGUGUGGGGAAUGAUUCCCAUGUUGUGGUGUAUGAUGGCAGCGACCAAGGCCUCUUCUCAGCACCUCGGGUGUGGUGGAUGUUCCGGGCCUUCGGACAUGAAGCUGUCUCCCUUCUGGAUGGUGGCCUGAAGAAUUGGCAGCGAGAGGGGAAUGCGCUGAGCUCUGGCAAAAGCCAGGUAGCUCCCUCUGAGUUCCAUGCCUCCUUGGACAAGUCCCUGGUGAAAACCUACGAGGAUGUCUUAGAUAACUUGGAUUCCCACCGCUUCCAACUAGUGGAUGCACGCGCUGCAGGACGGUUCCGGGGAGUAGAGCCAGAGCCCCGAGAUGGAAUUGAGCCUGGUCAUGUCCCUGGGUCGAUGAACAUCCCCUUCACCGAUUUCCUCACAGAGUCUGGCUUAGAGAAGACCCCUGAGCAGAUCCGCAGUCUGUUCCAGGAGAAGAAGGUGGACCUCUUAAAGCCAGUGGUAGCCACAUGUGGCUCUGGGGUCACUGCCUGCCACGUGGCUCUGGGGGCAUACCUCUGUGGCAAACCAGAUGUUGCUGUGUACGAUGGGGCCUGGGUGGAAUGGUACAUGCGGGCACAGCCUGAAAAUAUUGUUUCUGAGGGAAAGGGGAAGAUGGUGUAAUAAGCAGCUUCAUCUCCCAGCUGUGCAGAUAAUUUGCCUUGAAACAGGAUUUGGAAAAGAUGGGUUUAGCAUUCCUGGUUAAGUGUCUUGAGGUUAAGGUGUUGGGUAACAAGUAUGGGCACAUGGGCACUUUCUCCUUAAACUACUGCUACUGCUUAGGACCAUAAAGAUGACCUGGGCAGCCAGCUCUAGGUGACCCUGCUUGAGCAGGUGGGGUGAACCAGAUGUCCUCCCAAAGUCACUUCCAACCUCAGCUGUUCUGUGAUUCUGUGACCUCUUUACCAUAUCAGAUGGAAGGGAGAGAGUGCUGGUGGCAGCAUGGGGAAGUAAUUGAGUCAAGCCAAGCUCAUGAUUCAGGAUGUUCCAGCACGUUCACUUACAGGAUGGUCAUACUUAUGUAACUGUGCCUCAUGAUCCUGCUCGCUGCCUCUGUCCUAGAAGCCAUGCGUGCACUUUAUGGCUGUUUUGAGUGCAAAACUUUGGGGAAAGACACAGCUGUUAAAGGAGCAAAUAUGGCUCCCAGGUUGCCGCUUAGGUUAGAGACUCGGUUUGGAUUUCUUCUUGCAUUUGGACUCUAACUGCAAUGCAUACUUAGCCAGUUUUGUACACCCGUAAUCCAAAAUCCCCCUUGGGAAAAAAAAAAGAUUCUGGGAUUAAAAAAAGGGUAAAUAAACAUGUGUUUCAAGGCC